AUGUCAACAAUAAUUGUCCCGACCGUCAGUACCCAAACACAAUCGGUCAAAAAUUUCGCUUCCGAGACAACGUCGCAGCCAAUGUCCGCUCUGGUACCCGGAUUUUUCGAUGUAAUUCACAUUUUUUUGAGGGUGCCGCCGCUGUUUGUGAUCGACGAGAUUUUGAGGUUCGAUUCGCGCCUAUCGGACGUCGAAUCGCUGGAAAAUACCACCCGGUUCUUUAACAACACGAUAACUCUCGAUCCGGGCACUUACAAGUUUAUAGUUUUAGGAGGGAUCCGGCUCAUUCUGAGCGCCUUAGGAUGUCUGCUGGCGAUGUGCAUGUUUGCUUUGAACUCAAAGCAACUCAUGGUACUGUUCCUCCACCUGAUCUCGGUAGCCACAGUGUUCCUUUCGUAUUGGAGCAACGCUACUAUAGCAAAAAUGAUAUUACUUAACCGCCAAACCGACGUACUUCAAAACUCCUUUCAGAUGGAUCCAACAGUAAUAAUCAAACACCCGAUGUUGCUUAAUGAGCUUGCGAUUAACUUAUCGGUCCAAACGUUCCUGAUAUUCCUAUUCAUACACGCGCAUUUAGGCGUUAGACACUCCAUCGUGAAGAAGUUAUUACCCGUCUCGUUUUUCGUGCCCACAAUUUUAUCAAUUUUGUCGGCACCACCCUAUAUACUUCGAUAUUCGCUGCUGGCCUCGGCAUUUUUUCCCCUUGUCGCAACCAGAUUCGCCUCGUGGGAUUUUAUAAAGAAUGCGUUUCGCUCGCUACAUUCUAGCUACACUCACGCAAAGACAUUCGCUUCAAAUUACGGUUUCUCCGCUCUGGUGGAAUACCAAUGGACAAGGCUGCAGCUACCUACAGUGUUCAAAUUUUUCUGGCUAUUACGAACCCUGGAACAAGUAGUCAGAUUUUAUGUCUCAAAAUCCCACGAUGCAGACGGCGAUCAAUUCUCCCACUAUCUUCUUUUAAAACAUUUGCUGACUAGUAGUUGCGAUUCUCCCAUUGCGGUCUUGGGGUUCACGAGUUUUAUCUCCUCGAUUUCCAGUUCGCUGGGAAAGUCGAUACAAACUUUUCUCCAAUCAGAAAACAGGAGCGACUUUGGCUCGGCGUCUGCCAUAGUGUUCUACACUUUGGCUAUCCAAAACGGUUUAUCGGGUCUGGAUCCGGAAGAGAGAUUCAUAGGCGUAUGCCAGAACUUGUGCAUUUUGUUUGGCACUCUGCUUCACUUUGUCCACAACAUCCAUAACCCUAUCCUAAUCAACUUGGCGGCGUCUCAUAAUCCGUCCAAGAAGAAGCACGCGUCUAAUCUGGGGGUAAGCCUGGCGUUGGUUCUCUGUUCUCUCGGCAUUUUGUAUUUCUUAUGGACCACGCAACCAUUAUCUGCAUGGCUACUCACCAUCUCAAUCUUCUGCGUCGGGAUUUUCGAAAAAGUUUUCUUUGUGCUCAUCAAAUAUGGAUUAUAUGUGUACGAUGCCAAUAGAAACUCUUUCUGGGAACAUUUGGACGACUACAUUUUCUACGCCGAAUCUCUGAGCAGUUUAAUCGAAGUGGGUUUCCAUGUAGCUUUAUUUGUCAUCGGAGUGUAUAUAAUGAUAUACGAAAGCACGGGAGUGGUUAGAAUGGUUGUUUUGUGCAUCCAAGCGUAUUUCAACAUCUGGAACUACGCCAGAAUCGACUGGAGAAAUUACUUAAAACGCAGAGCGGCAAUGAGAAAAAUUGAGAGGUUACAAGACGCUACUUGGUUGCAACUGUAUGAUUACGACGACGUCUGCGCUAUCUGCUAUCAGCCAAUGGAAAACGCCAAAGUGACCGAGUGCAAUCACCUUUUCCACGGAAUCUGCUUGAGGAAAUGGUUGAACGUAAAAGACAGGUGUCCGCUUUGCCACGAAGUACCCGUGUCUUGAUUAAAAACUACUACCGAUUAUAUAUUA